CAGGCCCACAAGGAUUUUUCUUAGCAGUUCUAAUCAAAUAUCUGAUUCCAGUGUUUGUCUUUUUAGGCUUUCUUCUAUGCCCUUGUAGAGUUACCUGUCUCAACACAAGCUUUGUUUGAGCUUUUUUAUAUGCCAUUUUAUAUACACAUACGGAUGGGGUUUAUAUAUUUAUUACAACUGGCAUAUACAACUGGAGCAUGUAGUGCCCAAAGACUUAAAUAUUUUAACACAAUUUAUUGGACUUAAUGACUACUAAGGCUUAUAAAGGCAAUAUUGGAAAUAUGUUGAAUAAUUUUGCACAUGGACGUUUUGGAGAAUUUGAAUCUUCAUCGAAAACACAAGUUUACAAGGGCCUUAAUUCAUAUAUGGUUGAAUGGUGAUUAGGGUGGUUGAGGAAUUUCGGGUUUAGCUGUAUAAAGUUAUGUUUAGUCUGACUGACUGGUUUCACCCAAGGUUAUCUAUUUUACAAACGCAAACCACUAGAUGUCGCCGGAGGCUCUUUAACGUCGCGUGUAGGAGAAGUCUGGUGGAAGCGCGCGCCAUUAACAAAAACUCACCUGUUGUUAGUUAAAGAUAGUUAGAUAGUGGGCUACUUCAACUUACAGCACGGAGACAAGUUUGAUAUGUGAGGUGUUUUCAUAAUGCCAGUGCAAGGCUGUCAGGACAUGGCGAAGUUCAAGAGGAAAUGGAUGAUGCUUCACCAGGAGGAAGAGAGUGCCAGCACAGCGCAUUUGGACGAUAGUCUCACUAGCCUGCAGUGGCUUCAGGGUUUUUCAAUUCCAGGUGCUAACGCGGAGAGUCUCCCUGGCUCCAGAUGCCAUCCACAGCACCUGCUGGAGAUACAGCGUGAAGGCACGGACUCCCCAGCCAGCCCCACAGCUGCCAUGAUGGCACCACAAGGGUCUGGGUGUCUCACGUCACCCACCGUCUCAAUCAGCCCAAGUAGUUACAGCUGUUCACCUCAGAAGGAAGAGGCAAGUCAGGGUGAUCAUCACCACUUCACGGUGGCUGCCAGCUCAAAUAAGAAGAUUGACUACAAAACAAAUUCACAAGUGAAACCUCCUUACUCGUAUGCCACACUCAUCUGCAUGGCCAUGCAAGCCAGCACGAAAAACAAAAUCACUCUCUCAGCCAUUUACAACUGGGUCAUUGAGAAUUUCUGCUAUUACAGGCACACAGAGCCAAGCUGGCAGAAUUCCAUUCGCCACAAUCUCUCCCUCAACAAGUGUUUCAAGAAGGUGCCAAGACAGAAAGAUGAACCUGGAAAAGGAGGGUUCUGGCAAAUUGAUCCUCAGUAUGCGGACAUGUUUGUUGAUGGCAUCUUUAGGCGCAAGCGAACACCUGCUCAUCUGAGUAUCCCAAAACAGAAUCCUCAGAAACACCUACAGACCCUACACGGGGAUCAGCAUCACAGAGGGAUGGAGUAUGUAAGAAAGCGCAAACAUGGUCAUUCCAAUGACGGCCAAAACUGGGUUCAGAAAUCCCCACUUCUGGCGCAAGAGAUAAGAGCGUCUUCAGACUCUUGGGCUUCAGACGUGUGUGACGAUGACAGAAGGGGACAGACUUUUGAUGACCUGGAGCUGAAUGCCGCUCUGCAGUCGCUGAGCAAAGAGAUGGAGGAUUACCCGCCGGGUUGGCACGUGGCGGGCCAUGGGAACUGGUGUGUGGCCGGUCCAGAGAUGACCCCAAGGUUCAUGGAGGUCAAUCCGGUCGGCCUGGCCGACUGUCCGGGGGUCAACCAGCAGCAUGUUCACGGCAUGCAGCUGUCCGUCACCCCUCCACAGUACUACGAGGAGCUCACACUGUUCUCAGACCAGCAGCCACACCCCUGGGACUGUAUGCGGGAGGAGGUCCAGGCUGUCCCCGUUUCAGUGGAGAAUGGGGUCAGCGUCUAUGAUGGCUUCUUCUAUGACGUGCAGUCCUGGGACAGGAUGGAGCCCUACCUACAUGUAUAACCCUUUCACACAGAGCCGACAGCACUUCAGCAAGACUUUGUGGCACAUGUUUUUGUUUCCUUAAUUAGUUAGUAGAUUCAUUUAUUGACGGAGGAAGAAGAAAGGGAACUCAUGGAGAGUGAGAACUUGGUGUUCUGUAGACGCAUGUAUCUUCUUGAAGGAAACCUGAAAGAGUGAAACAGGAUUAUGUGUCAGGGAAGAUUUGCAAACCCCAUUGUGAACCCCCAAAGCCCAGCUCAUAUAGUUUCUAAACGUUAUUAGCUUUUGAACGAUUUGGUUAAAGGUUUGUGGUUUGACCAUUUCCAGAAUGAGACACUGCAUCCCCCAGACUUCUCAUUUAGUUUUUUUUUUAAGUGAUGACAAAAUCAUAUAAGAUGUUUAUUUUCAAUAUUUGUACAAGAAUACAAAAUUGCUCCUGUAUCAUCUCCAGCACUUCUCACGUUUACAGUGAUUUUAUUUAUCAAUACAUUUUAGUUUUUUUUUUUUUAGGCAUGUCGAGGCAUAAAGUAUGCAUUAAAGGUCAAGGGAAUAUGAUAGGGAAUGUACAAAGGAUAAUAGGUCAAAUUGUUAUCGUUUUGGGUGGCAUCUGUUUUAGAUGCAAUAUGGCACUGUUUGCGGUUUGAUAUUCACAAUUAAAACAAUACUUUAUAUACUUUUCAGACAGCCUGAAUAUAACUGCUGUCUUUUGCAUGAAUAAACAAAUAAUUGUA